UUCCUUUGAGCUCCGAGACCCUGAAACUGAGCAAUGAAACAGACUGUCCUUGGACGGUGGGAGCCCAACGCAGAGCCCUGCCGCUCCGAGGCAGCUGAGCUUUGUGGGGGUCCCGGAGUCACCAGUCGACGCUGCGGGGUAGCCAGCCAGCACCCCUGUGUCUGCACAACCCAAGCUGGAACUCUCCUCCAGGCUGCCCCUCCUUCGCCGCCUUCCCUCGCUCUCUCCCGCCCUCGGCCAGGCCUCCCACUUCCCUACUUUGCGUGUCUACCAACUUCGAAUUCCCAGUUUGAGCGCCUCGCUGCUGCCCGCGAUCUCUACUCUGCCUCCUGGGGUCUUCUCCCAAUGUCUAGCCCCCACCUCUGGGGACCAAGCCCAGCCAGUGGGGACCGGAUCUGAAGGGUGGAGCAGCCAGGUGAGCCCUGAAAGGUGGGGCGGGGCGGGGGCGCUCUGGGCCCCACCCCGGGAUCUGGUGACGCCGGGGCUGGAAUUUGACACCGGACGGCGGCGGGCAGGAGGCUGCUGAGGGAUGGAGUUGGGCUCGGCCCCCAGAUGCGGCCCGCGGGCUCUGCCAGCAACAAGUCCCUCGGGUCCCAGCCCUCGCUGCGACUGGGGCUCGGAGCUCUGCACUCGAGGGCACAGACCGGCUGCCAAAGCCCCACUUUUGGCUAAAAGAGGCGCUGCCAGGUGCACAACUCUGGGCAUGAUCCAUGUGAGCUUCGGGGGAAAGCCCAGCACUCGUCCCAGGAAAGGUGCCUAGAAGGACUCGGUGCAAGACCCCCUGGCUGCCUCAAAAAAGUGGGUGAGGAAACAGGCCCACGAAGGCUGAUGGGAGCUCCUAGUGUUGACAGAGAUGGAACUGGGACUUGGAGACCCUACUGCAUUGCCCCACUGCCUCCGGCCUAGGUGGCAGCCAGCCUUGUGGCCAACCCUAGUUGCUCUUGCCCUGCUGAGCAGCGUCACAGAAGCUUCCCUGGACCCCAUGUCCCGCAGUCCCGCCGUUCGCGAUGGUCCCUCGCCAGUCCUGGCGCCCCCAACCGGCCACCUGCCUGGGGGACGCACUGCGCAUUUGUGCAGCGAAAGAGUCCUGCCACCACCGCCACAGUCUCCCCAGCCUGCACCCCCGCCGCCAGGUCCCGCGCUCCAGUCUCCUCCCGCUGCGCUCCGCGGGGUACGCGCAGCGCGUGCAGGGACCCGGAGCAGCCGGGCGCGGGCCACUGAUGCGCGCAGCUGUCGCCUGCGCUCGCAACUGGUGCCCGUGAGCGCUCUCGGCCUGGGCCACAGCUCCGAUGAGCUGGUACGUUUCCGCUUCGGCAGCGGCUCGUGCCGCCGAGCACGCUCCCCGCACGACCUCAGCCUGGCUAGCCUACUGGGCGCCGGGGCCCUGCGGUCGCCCCCCGGGUCCCGGCCGAUCAGCCAGCCCUGCUGCCGGCCCACUCGCUAUGAAGCCGUCUCCUUCAUGGACGUGAACAGCACCUGGAGGACCGUGGACCACCUCUCUGCCACUGCCUGCGGCUGUCUGGGCUGAGGAUGCUCUCCAAGCCUUCGCACACUGGACCUUUACCCAUGUGUCGCCCUGCCUGGAACAAUUCCACCUGGCUUCACUAGUCAGGAACCUCAGCCCGAAAUCGAGGCUGCAGACCUCAGGCCCCAGGCCGGUGAGUGACAGACAUGGAGCCGGAGAGAUGACCUCACCACGGACCAAGCUCCAAGGCGCUCAUGGAUCCCAGCUCUACAGACGACGCCAGAAACCUCAGCUAAGGAUAACUCCUCUGGGAGAAUCCAGAAAUGGCCCCAGGCCCUGGGGAAUGAAUUUUGAGGAGAUAACAUUGUAGUCACGUUACUGAAGCCGGCAGCCUGGUGUUCACUUGUGGAAGCCGAAGCCCUAUUUAUUAUUUCUAAAUUAUUUAUAUUUACCUUC